AUGGGUGACUUAAUCUUGAGGAAUAAAGGACCGCAAAGGGGAAGGGAGGUAUUCAAACAAAAAGCGGAAAAGCAUAAUUGUAUCAGAAGCGGACCAAAGAGACAAUUGGCUCUUGUUGAUGAGGAUGAGGAUGAUGAGAUAUCUCAAGCUGAUAUGGAGCAAUUUGGGUUGAAAGAUGAUGUCAAUAAAGGUCAUAUUGUGCAAUGUGAAGCUCGUACCCAUAGUUAUGCACCAUUGACAUGUACUUCAUGGCACAAAGUUCCACAUAAAGAUAAGAUAUGGGAGUAUGUCUUGCGAAAAUACGAUGUGCCCGAUGAUGCUAAAACUUGGGUUCUUAGGACAAUUGGAAAUUUGUAUAAGUUCUCAAAACUAUUAGUGUUAUGGAAUAAAAAAGAUGUGGCGGCAAAAGAAAUACGCAAGUCUCUAAAAAAUAUGCACACGGCUGGUCCAAAACGUUUUGCUAGAAUUCGUGACGAGAUGAAAAAUGAAGAUCCAAACAAGGAAUUCCCAACUCUAAGUCAAAUGUUUGAACGUACACGUAAAAGGACAGAUGGGCGUGUAUAUGUCGAUACAUAUGAUGACACGGCAAAUAAAAUUGAACUAAUGAAGAAGUACGAACAUCUAGAAGACGAAAGUGAUGCCGUAGAUCCUUAUAUGAUUGUGAUGAAAAAAGAGAAUGAUGGAUACCGUCGACUUUAUGGACUUAUGGAAUCAUUCAAAGCAAAUGAAGUUGAAAGAAAUGAGUUGAUUGAAAUGCGGAAAGAGAUUCAAGAGGACCAUGAAAAAAAACAGGCCGAAUUAGAAGCUAUGCGAAUAGAUAUUAAAAACCAACAACAAAACCUUGAAGCCAUGAUGCGAAAGUUAGCGGAACAACAACCUCGAGAAGGUCGAUAG